GAAUAUUGAAACAUGGUUGUUGAAAAUCACCUUUAGUACUAAUAUUAAAUUUUUGUUCUUUUGAUAGUGAAAGCCUACGUUGUACUUUGUUUUCUGUUUAACUUAACAUGCCUUCUUUAUUGACCAAGUAGCCCAAAAAUAAGAAACUAUAUAAGUUCAUGCAAUUAUGUUACACACACAUUUCUCAUUACAACUUAAUCAUUAUUACACAUAAUCGAUUUUUUUAUAAGCCUUAUAAUGGGAAAUGUUUUUGGUUCAAAAAAGAGUGUAAAGAUUAUGAAAAUAGAUGGUGAAAUGAUGAAGGUGAAAAGUCCGGUAAAAGCUGGAGAAGUGCUUAAGGAUCAUCCAGGUCUUGUUUUGUUGGAUUCUGAAGCGGUUAAGCAUUAUGGUGUGAGGGCAAAGGCUAUUGAGGCACACAAAGAGUUGCAACCUAAGAGGCUUUAUUUUCUUGUGGAGCUUCCUAAGGAAAUAAAGCCGAGGAGGGUUCGAUCUGGGAUUGUUAUGAGUGCGAAAGAUCGGCUUGAUAAUUUGGUGCUUACGAGGAGAUCGGCUUCUGAUUUGUCGAUUAUGAAACAAUCGAAAAUGGAUGAUGGUAAUGACGGUGGUGGUGGUAGUGGUGGUGGUGGUGGUGGUGGUGGUGGUGUGAGGUUGAAAGUUAGACUUCCUAAGGCUGAGGUUGAGAAGUUGAUGAGAGAAUGUAAAGAUGAAGCUGAGGCUGCUGAGAUGAUUAUGCGUUUGUAUAAGGCUAAUGGGAGUAGAGAAAACAAGAUUAGUGAAGUUAAUGAGAAGAUUAAGACGCCGCGCCAGAAAAGGGUGAGUUUUAUGCCAAGCAACGAAGGAGGGAUUCAAGUAGCUGUGGCUUCAUAAUAUAAUGUUUUUAUUUUUUUGGAGAUUUUGUUAUGCUUAGUUGAAUAAGAGUUAUGAAAAUUAGAUUCAUUUCAUAGAAUAAUCUUUUAAGUCUUUAGUAUAAUUAAUUAAUUGCUAUUUGGUAGAGACACCAGGGUCAGUUAUGACUAGCUUGUGUGUGAGUAGUUGUAAAACUAUCAUGUGUUGUAUAAAUAGUUCAAUUCCGAUAUGUAGAUAUAUUUGAGAUUAUUCAUGAUAUAUGUGGCCUCAUGUUAUAGCUAAAAACAUUAAUGAAUAUAUUUAAUGAGUUUAU